UUUGUUCCUAGAUAUUUACUACAAUUUGCAAUAAAAAAUUACUCCAAAUUUGUUGUGACGUAUUAUGGAAUUUUUUCACAAUGGUAAACAACUUGAGAACAUAUACUGAUUAAAUCUGUUCAUGAAAAAAAUAAUAAACAGCGUAUGCGUGAGGCGUGAGUGUACAAAAAAGUACUCCAAAAGGGAGGCGUCAACAAAUCAGCUGUCAGACCGGUUGCUACAUUUUGUUGAAGCACGUGCGCAAUGGUGUAGACCACUACUUAUAUUAUAUUUUUAAGAAAUAUUGUUAUAGAACUUGAGAGAUGUAGAGAAUGCACAUACCAUAGACAAGCACAGACUAUGUAGUAUAUAGUUCGAACGUGAAUUUAUACAUGAGACUUUUGUCGUGUUUGUUUCGCGCCAUAUCGGUUAUUAGUUCGUUUGCUACGUACCUGUCCAGCCGCGUUUGUUCAUCUCAUAACGAAUGAACUGUGGAAUAAAUACAUUGGUUAAUUAAUUACAUGUUAAAGGUAAUGCUCUAAUAAUAAAAUUAAUCACGACCAAUAAUAACUGUGCUUCGGUGUUAGUGACGUUUAUAGUUUAAAAAGUGAGUUUUAACAACUCCGCGUACGUGUAAGUUUUGCAAGUAGUAAGUUUAGGAAACUUAUCAAAAUAGUACUGAAUUAACCUAUACUUAAAAUCGUUGCCGUGUUUUGAAAUAUAUGUAACAACCACCUGUGGUAGCACAAAUGGAUUUCAGAAUGCUAACCAAACACGAUCGAGUUAAUUGUAAAUUAGAUGCAGGAGCAGGGGAUAUUUGCUUGAAAGAACGUAUUUUGGGGGAUUGGUGCAAGUUUCCAAAAAUGAAGUGCGCCUGUUCUCAAUCGCCGGGAUAUAAACGGCUUGAGGAACGUAUCCUGGAGUACGACGCCACCAUUUCCGAAGAUAAAGAUUCCUCCAAUGAGAAAGAGUCAUGAAUUAUUGCUCUGUCUUAUAAUGAUGACGGUAGUUGGCAAAGUGUUAUUGUCGAAAAGAGUUUGUGCUCUAGUGACCUUUGUCAGCUGCUGGCCCUGAAAAAUAGACUCGCUAAAAGUGCCAACUGGAGCAUCAUAGAAUAUUGGGUGGAUUUGGGUCUAGAAAGAACAGUGGAAGAUCACGAGUAUGUUUUGUCGGCCCAUAGAGAUAUACAAAUGUAUUCUAGACACGCCAAAGUUAGGUUCAUGUUUAGAAAAGACUUUAGGAAAUACGAAUUUUUCCACAAUCCACAGCAAUUCUUCCCUUCCGACAUGAUAGACAUUGAGGGCGAAGAAUUCCGUAGGUUUAACGUCAACUUUUCCAAGCGUUUGGAGCACUUGAUAGUGGAGGAGGGCAAAUGCCCAAUUGUGUGUUCGCCUAUAUGGGUCCGCGACGCUAAAAAACAAGUUUGGGGAAAAGCAUUCUUGCUCCUGAAGGACAAAAAGCUGUACCUAUCGUAUAAGGUGCACGCUCUGGCCAAGUUCUUGCGAGCGGCAAAGUCCAAGGACAAUACGGUAAGCUUCAGUCUUUCAAUCCAUUUAAAUGCAUUUAAUUUCAGUAGGUAUUUAAAUAAUAAUAAUAAUAAUAGCCAUAAAAACUCGUAUGACUCAUGCGGCUUGAACUACAGUAAUUAUCGUCUCGUGCCGUUGCUGGCGAAGCAAAAAAUAUUAGUGUACAAAAACUUUACUAUUAAAUGUAUAUAGUUGGAACGUUCUUCUUUCUUAUUUUCACUUGGGACUGUAGUCAUUACAGAUAAAAUGAAAAGAGAUGAUAGAUACAAAGUAAUCAGGUGUAGGUUUAUAAUUUUUUGGGGGUUCAGUAAAGGCUUUCUGAGUUUUCAAACUGAUCGUGUGGGAAUAAUUGGUAUGUCGUCGUGUUAUACACAGUGAGUUGUAAAAAAUUGAUAAUAGACUAGGAUCGUCACCAAAAAGUUCAGUGCGUUGUAAAUAUUAGUUCUUGGAUUGAUUCAUAUGGUGUAAUGACGUAAACUCAUUCUCCUAAUAAGUAUAGUAUAGAAAAGCGUGUCCAACCUGUCUUAGGACUGACAACCUUAUGAUGAGCUCCGUUUUUACUCACCAAGUGAUUUGAUAAGUAAAUUUUUACUAUAUUUAUGGUUUGUAAGUUAAUUCAGGUAUUUUUAUUUUUCUUGAACUUUUAUUUGCAAUAUUAGAAAAUAACAAUAGAUUCCUAAGUUGCCCAAACUGAAUUUAUUUUGGUAAAAGGGGAGAGGUUACAGCGCCUCAGAUUUGCUACUGCAACCAACUGUACUACCUAUAACAAUAUAUCUCUGCAUGUUUCUUAAUAACUAUUGUAAUUAUUCCUUUAA